GGUUUCGGGGUUCCUAUGUCUCCCGUGUGCUCUACUGCAGCGGGAGUCCGUGUCAAAGGUAAUGUUAUUGUGCAAUUUUUUUGAAUGGGCGAAGUAUUUUCGACAUCAGAACAAUAUUUCUAUGUUGCAAAUGAAGGAGAGGCCCACGCUCAUACCUAAAAUGCUGUGGGACGUGCAAGCCGAUGCAAAUUAGUAAAGCCCGACACAUUUAUUUGAAGAUUGCUUUCGUACGUUCCCAAUUAACAUGGUCAUCGCCAUUGGAUUCGAAGGAAGUGCCAACAAGUUGGGUAUAGGCAUAGUGAAAGAAGGUGUGGUACUGUCAAAUCCUCGAAGAACAUACAUAACACCUCCAGGCGAAGGAUUUUUACCGAGAGAGACAGCACAGCAUCAUCGACAAAAUGCACUGAUAGUUCUACAAGAAGCCUUAGAGGAAGCAAAAAUAAAGGCCGAGGAUGUAGAUGUAGUGUGCUACACCAAGGGCCCUGGUAUGGGAGCUCCACUUGUGUCGACAUCAGUCGUAGCUCUAACUGUGGCACAGCUUUGGAACAAGCCCGUUAUAGGAGUAAACCACUGCAUAGGUCAUAUUGAGAUGGGUCGCCUCAUCACUGGAGCAGACAAUCCCACUGUUCUGUAUGUCAGUGGAGGAAACACUCAAGUAAUUGCUUAUGCUCGGAAAAGAUAUCGUAUAUUUGGGGAAACCAUUGAUAUUGCUGUUGGAAACUGCUUAGAUAGGUUUGCAAGGGUUCUUAAGUUGUCCAAUGAUCCCAGUCCAGGCUACAAUAUUGAACAGAUGGCAAAAAAGGGAAAUAAAUUGUUGAAAAUGCCAUAUGCUGUCAAGGGAAUGGAUGUCUCUUUUUCUGGCAUCUUAUCUUUUAUGGAAGAGAGAGCUCAAGGUCUUUUGGAUUCGGGAGAAUACACACCAGAGGAUCUAUGUUUCUCAUUGCAAGAAACUAUAUUUGCUAUGCUGGUUGAAACAACAGAACGAGCUAUGGCUCACUGUGAAUCAUCUGAAGUUCUUAUUGUUGGUGGCGUUGGCUGUAACUUACGACUCCAGGAAAUGAUGGGCAUCAUGUGCAGUGAGCGAAAUGCUAAACUAUUUGCCACAGAUGAACGGUUUUGUAUAGAUAAUGGAGCUAUGAUAGCUCAUGCUGGCUCAGAAAUGUUCAAGCACGGGUGGAAAACUCCUUGGAAUGAAACUACUUGUACACAAAGAUAUCGCACAGAUGAAGUUGAGGUGAUUUGGAGGGAUGAUUAAAUUUUGAUCAUAUGUGAUCAAAAGGUUUUUGUAUCUUACGAGAGCAUAAAAACACUCAAUAAAACCAUUGAAAUAUCAGA